ACCAAACGCUAUUAAUGGAUUCACCGGAGCUAGGGUUUCUCCCCCAAUCCUCUCUGUCUAUCAACAAUUUCCCCCUCCCAUUCGCCUUCUAUUCUCUAUCAACAAAUUCAAAGAACCCCCCAUCGAUUUCCUUUCUUUGUUUUUAGACACCAAAAACAAGCAACCUUCAAUCAGCCAUGACGGGUAAGGCGAAGCCCAAGAAGCACACAGCGAAGGAGAUCGCAGCUAAGAUCGACGCAGCCACCACCAACAGAGGCGGCGGUAAGGCUGGCCUCGCCGACCGCUCUGGCCAUGAGAAAGGCGGCCACGCCAAGUUUGAAUGCCCCUACUGCAAGAUUACGGCGCCUGAUGUAAAGUCUAUGCAGAUUCAUCACGAAUCCAAGCAUCCCAAAGUCCCUUUUGAGGAGGAAAAGGUUAUAAAUCUCCAUGCUGUUCGUGUUGCUGCCGAGGCGUCCAAGACAAAACCGGGUGUCAGAGGCAGCUAUAAAAAGUGAAGAUAAUCCGGAUUCAUGAGGAGAUGGAUGGUGGGUGGGCUCAAUUUUAUGGUAUUGGGUACUUUUGUUUUCGUCUUUUUUUUUAAAAAAAAAAAAAAUCUUGGUUCUACGUCUUCUCUCUGGUGCUGAUGGAAAGUGGCUUUAACUUGUAAGGUGUUUGAGUAAAACAUAUUCGGUGUCCUUGGAGCUGAGGUCUUUGCAAUUAUGUAUAUUACAUAAAAACAUGAUCAUUGUUGUUAUGGUAACCAUGGAGGUGUUCAUGUUCUUAUUGUCUCUGUUUAUCAUGUCAUGUUUCAUUUUUAUUUAAGAAUUAGAGUGAGCUUAAUAUGU